ACAAGACCGAUCCCCGACGCAUACCCCCUACACCCACCCCCACCCCCACCAUGACUGAACUCUCCCACCGCACCAGGCUCUACAAGAAGAUCGAGGACAACCUCUCCGACGAUGACGUCAGAAGCCUCAAAGCCAUGCUAGUUGCCGACGAGCACCUUGGACAAGCAAGAGUAGAAAAUGCGACGCCUCUAGAAAUCAUGAACAUGUUAGAAGCGGACAAUAAGGUCGGGAAGGGCAACCUAGCGCUGCUAGUGGACCUUUUGAAAGCCCUCGGUAAGACGAAGUUGGCAGAAGAAGCCGAGGACGUCGCAAAAUGGGAAGGAACUGGAGGACCGUCAUGCACCAUUGAGAAUGUCAUCAGCUGCCUGAAAGACCUGUAUGCAAGAGAACACGCUCGUGUGCGGCCUCUUCCGUGGUGUGAAGACCUCAACCUGCCUUUGGGAGAAGUUUUCACCAAUCUGCGACAUCAGCGCAGGGGCGACAGGGGGCGCUUCCAGGACACAGACACUAUCGUAAGCCUAGCAGAUAUUUUCAAGAAGACCGAAGCUAAAGAUGUUAGAAGGAUAAGGGUAGAGGGGGAUCCCGGUAUUGGGAAGUCGUGCUCUUGUCAGAAACUGGCUCAUGAUUGGUCCUCUGGGAAACUGAAUAUUUUUAAGGCUGUUUUCUUUCUGGAAAUUCGGCACAUGUCUGGGAAAGUAAAAGAUGCAAUAUUUGAGCAACUCCUACCAGAGGAUACAAACAUGACCCCGGACCAUCUCUGGUCCUACAUCCAAGAGAACCAGGAUGAUGUUCUCUUCAUCCUGGACGGUCUAGAUGAGCUCAGUCAGACAGCUAGAGAAGUCACAGAUGUGGUAGCCUUGAUUCAGGGUAAAAUCCUCAGGAACUGUCAUGUCCUGGUGACCUCCAGGCCGUACCACUGUGUCAAAGACUUGGAGAAAUGUGAUGAGUUUUACAAAAUAAUUGGUUACAGCAAAGAUGAUUGCGUCGAAUUCAUACAGAAAUACUUCACUGAGACUCCUGAAUGUGCUGGAAAGCUAGUAGAAGAGGUUAAUUGUAAUCAGAAUUUGUCGGAAAUAGUUGUUAAUCCCCUCAACAAUGUGCUGAUAUGUAUUGUAUGGGAAGACAAUGAGGGAAAGUUGCCUUCCAGUCCAGAUGAACUGUAUCAAAUGAUUGUAUAUUCGAUUAGCAAACGAUAUUGUACAAAGAAUAGUAUCCCAUUAGAGGGUGGUGAAAUUGCUCCAACCGUAGAAGGUGCAUUGCGAGCCUUGGGGAAACUGUCCUGGGAGGGACUAGAGCAGGAUCAGCUCCAGUUUAACAUAAAUGAUAUCAAGGAGAAGUUUGGAAACAAUGCAGAUGACAUGUUGGCUAUCGGCUUACUGACAAGAGACAACUCUUUCUCCAGAAUCAAACACAGUUGCUUCUGCGCUUUCUUACAUAAAACAUUUCAGGAAUACAUGGCUGCCUACUACAUCAGUGACUUGGUCAAAAAGGGAAGUAAAGGGGAAAACGGCAAAGAAUGCCUUCGUAGUUUGUUUGGAAUGACAGUGGCUACAGCUAGUAAUGUUGACAUGGAACUGAUGUCAGCAAACCGUGAGAGAUAUAGGGAGGUUCAGAACAUGCUGCUUUCGAUCCUGGGUGACACUUCAGGCCCACUGUUUGAAAUGUUUGCAGAGGAACUUAGAAAAGACGAGUGUAAGCGGGAGGACAGUGAUCUUCUGUCCUUUUUCUGUAUCAUGUUUCUUGGUAGAAGUUGUAAAGCUGGCAGAACGUCGUGUAGACUGGCGGAGAUUGUGGCACCUUGUCUGUCCCACAUAACUAACGACGUAAGCAAGCAUGAUGCUUCCAAGUCCUUCAAAUAUGAUCAGGCUGAGUGGAUUGACGGUUUGAUACAGGUUGUCAGAUGUCAAAGGACAUUUGCUGUGAACCCGGAUUUAAGGUCGAUACGACAUCUCACUGUUAGCUGCGACGAGAUGUGUGGUAUGGUUUUGCAGCAAAGGCAACUUGAUAUUUUAGAAAAUUCCCUAUCAGAUUGCGAUGCAAUAAGUUGUGUCACAUUACUACAGUCCACACUCUAUAUUCCGAUUGUUACAUCAGAGGGACGGGAACAGAACCUUGCAGACAUUGACGAUUGA